AUACGGAAGAGUUGGCUGUCGGGAAACUUCGCCCCCCUGACUCGACCGUCGCUGACACUCCUUCAGCGGCCGCAGCGCUGGCAGCACAGAAUGUUCGGCCCGCCACUCCUUAAUAUGGAAGAGUGCGCUCCGGAACAGCGGAGCGCAGACGCUGCGGAAGCAAGCGAGGACGGCUGUUCGGCGUCCUACUGUCCCAUUCUUGGACAGCUGGCCGCUUGGAACCGAUUCUUGUGGCACGUCGGGCUGCAGCUGCGGGAGCUCACGGGACCCGGAGAACUGUCCCUGGUGCGAGUGGGUCACGAAGGCAGUGGACAGCUGCAGGUGUCGCGCAGCUGCGAGGCCCGGUACCUGUUCCACAUCCUCCUGACCUGCCACCGGUGCCUCGUGAGCGUCGAGCUGGACGACUUGCUCUUCCAAGGCAGUGGGCUCGGCGAGUACCGGGCGCACGUCAUCGACGCGCUUCGGCAGAACACGAGACUGCGGAAGCUGAGAUUCGGCAGCAUUUUCGGUGACUACAGGUACAUACAGGAGGACGUGUUCGCAGCGAUCGGCACGAUGACGCACCUGCGAGAGCUGGUCGUUUCGGACAUUGGCGCGGUGCCUCCGGCCCUGGUCGACGCGCUCCACUGCCUGCUCGUCGACACGACGAGUCUGUCCACGCUCUCGAUAGCCGGACUCGCACUGGAAGACGAGGAAGCCAAGCACGUCGUGUCGGCGUUGAUGCGCAACCGCACGGUUGCACACUUGUCCGUGCACCACAGCAUUUUGCUUUCUCAGUUCGAGGACGGCUCGUCCGCGUUCACUCGUUACCUCUCCAAGAACGUCUCCCUGCGCACUCUCUACGUCGAUGGUUUGGACUCGGAACCGGGCCAGACGCGCCGAGAACUGGCGUGGAUCGCCGCUCCGCUCAUAAAGCACGGUGCCGUCUCGAAGCUGGAAAUCGUUGGUUUCGCCUUGGACGCCGGCUGCGCCAACGUGUUCGCUCGGCUCGUGGCUCAGCCAGAUGGCUACUUGCGACACCUCGACAUCCGCGGCUGCUACUGGACGGUGGAUGACGAGUCUCCGGGCCCUGCCAUCUCUCAACAUGCGCGCAUCUUGGCUCAGGGGCUGCGCGAAGGCCGCUGGGGCCACCUGGCGUCGCUCUCGCUCAGCCUCGAGGGCUUCACCCCGCACGACUGCAGGGCUCUGUUCAGCGCCGCCGUUGACGUCGAAUCUCUCCAGGCUAUCACCAUCAGCGACAUAGAGCCAGAAGAUUUUCCCGAGGUUUGCCAAGCCAUUCAAGAAGCCGGCAUGAGUGGCCGAGUUCGUGUCAGGGGUCAGUACCCGAUCGACGCGGCAGUCAUCGGUGCCCUCGAGGACUGUCCGGAAGCGGUACGACAGGUCACCGUCAGUUCCGCCAGAGAUUGCAGCGCAGACGCAUUCAGCGACACGGUCAUUCUGGUGUGUUCCUGCUAUCACGUGACUAGGCUUCAACUGUGCCUGCCGCAGGAAUCCAUCGGCGACGUCCCCACGAUGCGUUCGUUGCAGAGGUACCUAAGCGGGGCGACCUCGCUGAGGGAAAUCGACCUGAUGGGGUGUCAAAAUCCUGACCUGAGUGGCUGCAUUUUAGUAGAGCACCAGUCCCACAGCGGUCUUCUGGAGGCACUAUUCGAUAACGUAGGAGUCACAUUACUGCGACUGCGCAAUUUUCGUUUCGGCGAAGCGAACCGUCUGUUCCUCGCCGGGGCGAUAAAAAAUAGCCGCACGCUGUGCAAAUUCACCUUCUCGUCGACAUCGGAAAACGAGCUGUUCGCUCGGUGCGUCGCUCCACUCAUGGCCAACAACGACACCUUGGUGUGUUUUCAGCUUUUGGUAACAGACGGCGAAGCGGAAGCAGAGAGAUUCACCAUCGAAUACGUUCUCGGACGCAACUUGGGAUUCGUCACGUGCGCUGCGCACUUUGUGACCGGCGAAGUCUACGUGGCGCGCUGUGCCGACGCUUUGUUGCACAUCUUCGGCAGCCCUGCGCUCAUCGACAAAGUGCAGGAAAUCGCGUCCAUAGACGAGGCCGAUGCAACAGAAAUGAUUCGAAACGUCCUCGACAUUGCCUGAAACUAUAUCGGCCUUUCUCGCGGCUGUGUUUUUAGCAACUUUCCCGAGUGUUUAGACAAAGAGGCAUAAACUGGUCUCUGCUAGUGCUAAUUUUAUUGAACUUCAAAUGUCGCAUGUAUUUCCGUGUUUAUGCGUACAUGUCCGCUGCCGUAUUGAUUCGAGUUCAGUCACCCUCCCACGUUCUCGCCGUCGCUAAGACAAAUGUAAAUAAUCCUGAUGUGGACACCGCAGUGCAAACACCGUUGUUUACAAUGUCAGUGAUUCGGAAAGAGGUGACUGUAUUCGCAUUAAUGCGGUAAUUGUGCACCGCGUACCAUGCCGAUAAUACUCAUGUCCACCUCUGCUGACACAUCGAGUCAUUGUCGCGGCUUUGUUUGCACAAAACACAACUUAUUUUAGAAGUGACAUUGUUUCAGAUUUUUAGCUGUGAAUAAAUGCGAUCCGUGUUC